UACUCAGCUAAUUACUCAGUUACUCACUCAGCUCUUUACUGAUCAAUCUAGGUCAAAUAAAUCUGGAGUCUUAAAUUGAACUUGUUCAAUUUCACAAAUCUAGUUAUUAUUGGCAAUCCUACAUUGAUAUUAGAUGAGAUUCAGUUUAUUCAAGAAUAAUGUACAAGAAAUAUUUUAAUCAUUAUGAAAGUGGAGGACACCAUUGAUGUCAUAUUUAUUAUACUAACAGCGACUAUAGGAAUACCGGGAAACAUUUUGAUAAUUGUCGCAAUUAUUUAUGACAAGAGACUUCGAGUGUUACCUAACAUAUUCACAGGAAGCAUCGCCAUUGCUGAUAUUAUUAUCCUAGUAACUGCAAAUCCAACAAUUGUAAUCAGCAUACAAAAUGAUGGAAAUGUUUUAUCAGAUACAUUCUGCCAAUUGGGCGGAGCUAUGGUUAAUCUCAGCUGUGGAGUGUCAAUCAACACUUUUGCAGUUCUUGCCGUGAAUCGCUACAUGUACAUUUGCAACAAGAAAAUGUAUGAAAAAUACUUUAAUAGUUUCCUCAAAUCUAUGAUGUUUGCAGUAGCUGCAUGGAUAUAUAUUGUGUUAUGGAUGUUGCCUAGCUACACUGGAUGGACCCAAACAGCAUAUAUGGACAAACAAUACUUUUGUGCAAUUGAUCACACAUUCAAAGUGCCAUAUACAAUGCUUUUAUCGAGUGUCGGAAUUGGUCUACCAGCAUUAGUGACAUUUGCCACCUAUAUGAAAAUAUAUCUGGUGGUACGCAAAAGCUCUAAAUCUGUUCAAAGUCACAAUGUUAACUCAUCAUCUAAUAAUGAUGCAAACAAAAAGGCCAGGAUUGACAAGCAAUUUAAACAAAUUAUAGUUUUCGUUAUUGUCUCUAUGAUGUUUGUUGUAUUAUGGGCACCCUAUGCAAUUUCCAUUCUAUUCGAUAUGAAUAAUAGUGUACCAAUGUGGAUAAUGAGGCUGGUAACGAGGAUUGCAGAUGUGAACUCUUGCAUAAACUGUUUCAUUUAUGGAGUCAUGAACAAACAUUUCAGAAAUGCCUACAGAAAGAUUAUGUUCUUCUGGAGGAAGGCCGAUUCCAAUGAGACACAUACAGUUCAAACUCCUGUGGACUAAUCCUUGAUAGCACACAGUGUCAAUAGGUGGUGAUAGACCCUGUCCCAUAUUUAGAAACAAUUGAUUUUAAAAAUAGAUGUGAAAAAUUACAGUACAGUAAACAAUAAA